CAUACCUUUCCAGCGAGUUGGCAGCCCUUGGCCAUUGUUUUUGUUUUGCUGGCACAGCCAGAGAAAUUAUUGAACUUAGAAAACCUAGUUUGGCCUGGCCUAGAGUCAAAAAAUGGAAGCGGAUAGUACGGAACCAAAGGCGGCCAAGUCGCCGGACUGUCGCACCAGCGGCGAUGGCAUGGAGCAACCGGAAAAUAGUGGCACAGCCAAAACAGAGGCUGAUGAAGUCCAGGCUAUUGCUGAUGUGGACAUCAAGGUGAAGAGGCCCCAGUUGUCGCGAAAGGACAGCACCAUAAUCCAGGAGGCUGUCAUGGGAAGGAAGACAUCCACAUCCGCCUCCAAUUUGCCUCUUCCCGGACUGCACACACUGUACAGACGACCGGAGAUUGUGACCCGUAGUUUGGCACCCGCAAUGCCCAAGGGAGAGUUGGUCCAAAUGCGACCCCGUUUGGUCACCAGCAGUUCAGAAUCCCUGCCCGAGCAUAAGAAGACCAAGGCCCCCAAGUUCGUGCCCUUUGAACCCUAUCCGGGUGCCGUGAAUCCCAUGAUCUCCGAGCCAACGAACAAACACAAAAUCCAUCGGGACAAGAACAACCUGGACAUUGCAGUACUGGUGGAUCAAGUGUCCACGCUGCGUACCCAGGAGCUGGACACCGAACACAGGGAAAUUAAGGACUCCCCUCAAGAUAGCAGCUGUCAUGAAAUAGCCGCACUCCAGGAGGAGCUAACCAAGAUGCGCGAGGAGCGGAAUUACUUUCAGGCGCAGUACAAGUUCCAAACGCAAGUCAACAGCGAACUAAAAAGCUUGCUGGUGGCCUCCGUGGGCGAGGAUCUGCAGACGAGGGUCAAUCUCCUAACCGAGGACAAACUACAACUGGCCAGAGCACUCCUCGACACCGCCAACAAUCUGACCACCCACACCGAGCAAAUUGAGUUUUUGGCCGGACAAUGCGAGGUGUGGCGCUCAAAGUUCCUGGCCAGCAGCGUCAUGGUCGAGGAACUGGCCCGCUGGAAGGCCGAUCUCACCCAGAAGAACCAGCUGCUGAACGAGUCCACCAAGCAGCUACUCCAUGCCACCCACCAGAUUCGCGAAAUUCAGCUGGACAUGCUCAAGCAGCUCAAGUUCCUGGCCAAGAUUCGCUUUCUCAACCUGCCCGCCACCGAUGUGAUCAGCCUGAGUGCCGAGAACCUAAACAUCCUCCAGCGCAUGGUACUGCACACGGGCGUGGGCAUUCCCGAGGAGACCCUCAAGUUGUCCAGCGCCAGCACGAGUCCACUGUGCGAGGCGGAGAAGUAUGCAGUUAGGGCCCUGGAAUUCAUCAGUCAGCCGCUAAUGGCCACCGAUGAAGCCAUACGAGCCCUUUUUGACCAGGCCCAGCGGCCACACUAUGUACAACCAGCUGCCACGGACUUAGCUUCCACCGAUAAUCUACAACCAGAUAAACAGCAAUAAGUCGUCAAUCGUAAAUUAGUG